UUAUCACAUGUAGAAAUUUUAAUGCAACACCGUCAACAUCGGAAAACGCGCGCUUUUUUGUAAACAAAAGGAAAAGAAGAUGGACUUGGAUCAAUCAGUACAGAGAGGAACAAGUGGCAAGAAACACAAACCCGUGCGACUGCCAUUGGAUGUACAAGAGGAAAUAGACUGUUUGUAUGAGUUUGUGCCAGAAGUUGAACAACAUUUCGAAGUCAUUGAUAAAAUUGGUGAAGGUACAUUUAGUUCAGUGUUUCUAGCACGGUUGAAGCACUACCCGGAACUGGAUCAACUGUUUGCAUUGAAGCACAUUAUACCAACAAGUCAUCCAUCCAGGAUAGAAGGAGAACUACGUUGCCUACUUGAGAUUGGAGGUUGUGAUAAUGUAAUGGGUGUGGAGUUGUGUAUAAGAAACAGAGACCAUGUUGUCAUAGUGAUGCAGUACUUUCCUCAUGAAAAAUUUCAGGACUAUAUUCUGCAUAUGAGUUUACAGGAAGUUCACGACUAUAUUAAGAAUUUACUGAUUGCCCUCCGUCGUGUCCACAUGUUUGAUAUUAUUCACCGAGAUGUUAAACCAAGCAAUUUUCUUUGUGACAGAAAAACUAAAAGAUAUGCACUAGUAGAUUUUGGCUUGGCACACAAGGCUACAGUAUGUAAAGCCACAGAAAACACAGCUGCCAGGACCGGUACAUCUACACCAGUCUCCACAUCUGCCAGGAAAGGUAUUCUUACACAGGUCGAAGUCAACAACGCUGGUACACCGGAGAGCCAAAAUAACUUUAAAGUUGCCAAAGAAACACCAAGCUCCGACUCUAAAACCCGUCAAUACACUCCUCCUGUCAGUAACUCCCUGUUCGCCCGGCGUGUGAAAUCUCCGCGGAGGAUGUUACUAGCAAAGAGGGCGCUGUUGGCCAAAGAUAAGGAAGAUGAUAUAUUGUCACAGCGUAAAUCGUCGAGUCAUCGUUACCAGCCCACAGCCUGUCAGUGCUACGGAAAACCACAAAUAUGUUCCUUAUGUUCAGCUAGGAGUAAUCAGAAUGCACCUAGAGCUGGAACACCUGGAUUUAGGUCACCAGAAGUGCUGAUAAAAUGUCCCGAACAGUCAACAGCUGUGGAUAUAUGGUCAGCUGGGGUGAUAUUCCUGUCGUUAUUGAGUGGUCGGUACCCGUUUUUCCGUGCCAAUGAUGACCUCACAGCACUUGCUCAAAUAAUUAGCACAUUUGGUAGUGAGGCAGUGAAAAAUGCCGCAAAAGCUUGUGGUAAGAACAUGAUCUGUAACCCACAACAGCCUUGUUUAGACAUACGAACAAUGUGUAUGAAACUACGAACUGCACCAAUGAGUAAACAGUCUUCUAAUAAAAAGAAAAUGACUGCCGAGGCGGAGGCUUCAUGGAGACAAAUACCCGACUCUGCAUUUGAUUUGUUGUCAAGGUUACUGGACUUGAAUCCCUUUACUCGUAUAAGUGCAGAGGAAGCAUUGAAACAUCAGUUCUUUACAGAUAUGGAGAGUGCCAGAUAGCAAAAUUGACACGAUAAUGGUCUUGUUUAGUUCACGAUGGUGAAAUAUUAGUAUUACUGCAGGAAAUUAAAUAGCCAGGACAAUUUAAAAGUGAUUCAGGGAUGGUUAAAAAUUUCAGGGAUUUGUGGACAUUAAAAAUCUUUUAAUUUAACAAUGUCAGGAGUGUGAAAGUUUGCUGUCGGUCAACUUUGUAACUACAUGUUUUAAGGAGCACGUUUUGUUGAAAUUAUGAAAUAGAUUUGUUCUGAAUUUGAUUUGAAGCUGUUCAUUAUUAGUUAGAGGAUGUAAAAAUGUAAAUUAUGAAGCGAACAGUAUGAAAAACAUUUCUGACGGCACUAGUUCUUAAUCUGUAAUGAUGGCAUGAGCACGGUCCAUUUACUUUUAGAUAGCAUUCUAGGGGGUAUUAAUAACUGUCACCUUUUUAAAUGAUGUUUGUGCCAUUAGUGACUUACAAAUUUAAUUAUCAACUUCAGUUUUUAGUCAUAGUUAUAGAGUGGUUGGUAGGUAGGUGACAGCUGUAUGUUAACUUGUGUAUUACAAUAUUUACAAGGUGACAUUUCAGAUUCAUUUCUUACUUUGUAUUGAUAGUUACACACAAUAAAUAUAUUAAAACUGCUA